GCAGUCAAAGUUCAGGACAAGGAGGAGUCUGGGCGGGGCUUCUACCCCAGUCCCUGGCUGUAGUUUACAGUGUGGCCUGGCAUUCAGCAUGGCUCCUCGGUGUGGUUGGAUGUGGCGUCUCCGUCGCUGUCCUCUGCCAGGCAGGAAUCUUCCAGUCACUAGAAGUCUUGGCGCAGAACGAAGACUUUCUUCCAAAUCCCAGGCACCCCAGAUCUGCAUUGUUGGCAGUGGCCCGGCCGGAUUUUACACAGCUCAGCACUUGUUGAAGCACAACAAACAUGCAGUAGUUGAUAUUUAUGAGAAGCUGCCAGUACCCUUUGGCUUGGUACGUUUUGGUGUGGCACCAGAUCAUCCUGAAGUAAAAAAUGUUAUUAACACUUUUACACAGACCGCCCACUCUGACCGCUGCAACUUUUUAGGAAAUGUGACAGUCGGGAGAGAUGUAACUGUAGAGGAACUGCAGGAAGCCUAUCAUGCUGUAGUAUUGAGUUACGGAGCGGAAGAUAAAAGGGAAUUGGGAAUACCCGGAGAAAAGCUUCAAGGAGUAUAUUCAGCCAGGGACUUUGUGGGCUGGUACAAUGGACUUCCUUACAAUAGAUAUUUGUCCCCAGACCUGAGCAGUGAGACAGCUGUCAUCUUAGGACAAGGAAAUGUUGCAUUGGACAUUGCAAGAAUGUUGCUUUCCCCUUUGGAACUGUUAAAGAACACUGAUGUCACACAGCCUGCUCUUGAAGCCCUUUCUCAGAGUCGUGUCAAGAAGGUCUGGUUGAUUGGACGUCGCGGACCGCUGCAGGUGGCGUUUACGAUAAAGGAAUUACGAGAGAUGAUUAACUUGCCUGGAACUCGUCCUGUCAAUAACCCUUCUGAUUUCAAAGGCCUGGAGAAUAUAUCAAAAGACCUUCCAAGGCCAAGAAAGCGACUCACAGAACUGCUAGUAAAAUCAACACUUGAGGCACCAGGAGAAAAAGAGGCUGCACGUUGGGCCCAGAGUGAUAGAGAAUGGGGUCUACGUUUCUUCCGCAGCCCUCUUGCUGUGCUACCUAGUGAAGAUGGAAGAAGAGCAGCCGGGGUCCGGCUGUCAGUCACUCGACUUGAGGGGUCUGGGGAGGGGGCAGUAGCAGUCCCUACAGGUGAAACCGAAGAUAUAUCCUGUGGCCUUAUCCUCAGCAGCAUUGGGUAUAGAAGUGUCCUUAUCUCUCCAGGUGUGCCUUUCCUUCCAAAGCAAGGUAUCAUUCCAAAUAGUAUGGGCCGAGUGCAAAGGGUUCCAGGACUGUACUGCAGUGGUUGGGUGAAAAGAGGUCCCACUGGUGUCAUUACCACUACAAUGACAGACAGUUUUGACACAGCUCAGGCUUUGUUGGAGGACAUAAAAUCGGGGGCAUUAAACGCCUCAGAUCCUCGAGCAGGAGUCUCAGCAAUUAGAGAGCUUCUCCUUCUCAGAGGAGUUCAAAUUGUCUCAUUCUCUGACUGGGAAAAGAUAGAUACAUUGGAGAGAGCACAAGGUUUGAAAGUCGGAAAACCUCGCGAAAAGAUUUUAGACACGGAAGAGAUGCUCCAGUUAGUUUCUCGAUGAUUUUACGUGCACUAAACAUUCUCCAACUUCUUGGACUUGGUAAAGAAGAAGAAUAGUCAUUGUUCUUUUUAUCGACACAAUUACCUCAAAUUCCUCAUUAUGUAUUUGUAAAUAUUUUUAGAUAUUAAAAAUAUAGUGGAAUAUUUUUAUUUUUUGUCCAUUUUAUAAAACAAAAAAAAUCCUAUGAGCUUCUGUAUAUACUUUGUAAACCAAUGGAAAUUAAAUUAUUGUCUUCCUGAAUAUAGUAAGAAAGCUGCU